AUGUGCUCUCUCGCUAAGCUGAUGUCGUCCAAGUCAGUCACUGACGACGAUAUGGACGACUGCCGAUCUGAGUGCUCCUACUACUCACUCCCCGAACUCGACGAGACAGAUCCUGUCCGUCGCAUCCCUUCUUCAGUAGUCAAGCAGCAGGCUGAGGCAGUUCCCGCCAGCUGUCAGAUGGAGACCAGCUAUCCUCACACCUACAACAACUCCGAACACCUCCCACUACGCGUGGCUGGACCAUGGCUCGAGUAUCCGCUCGUGAAGGAUGGCCCAUAUAUUUCAGGGUCACCCGGUCCCGCGAGGGUUGUUGUCAGUGCAAUGGGUGGCACAGGAUUCGAUGUUAUCUACCAUCCGAACCGCCCAAUAUUCUGGGGUCCUAAGAAGAAUACCUUUGUUCAGGCAAGGUAUCACUUCAAAGGAUCUCGCCGUAGCAAUAUGCCGGCGCAGAAUCAAUAUUUCGGCCAGUCACCAUGGGGUCUGGCCUCUCCCUCUACCCCACCACCGCUCGCCCUAAAUGAGCAAUCUCUUGCUCUCUUGAACAACCAACAAUUGGUUGGCGCGAAACAAUUUUUGGGCAUGCAGAAGUGGCUCAAUACACAAGCAUUUCCUGAUACACCGCAGAAUCUUGCUGCUCAUCUACUCAUCACUGCUCAGCAACUCAUUUCUGCUCAACAAGUCAUUGCUUCUCAGCGACUCUUCGCUGCUCAGCAACUCAUCGUUGCUCAACAAAUCAGGGCUACGCAACGGUACUUUGACACCCUGUAG